UAGAUUAUUGGAGAUGAUCUUAGUUGAUUUAAUAUUCAAUUAUGAAGGUGAAUGAGUUACACAUCCUGAAGUUGUGUACACAACGAAUAAAUUGCACACAUUGUCAGGGUAUGUUUCAGACUUGCUUUCUUAUAUAGAUAUAGAAUCUGAAUUUAUAGUUGAGCUAGGGUUUGUAGGGGUUCAACAACUUAUAGUUGCCGGACCUUCUGGUAAAUUGUAUGAGGUUUAAGGGGAUGUGGGGAUUAGACAGCUGGUAUCCUUGCUUUCUAAUGAAUAUAAUGUAGUGAACCUAUAUGUUGUGGAUGAAUGUGACACCCCUAUUGAGUGUAUUCCCAGUAUUGUUGAUUAUAGAGAAUCAUAUCCUUGUUUAGACGAGGCUGGUACUGACUGUAGCUUAAGUGAAUUAGGAACCGACUCUAAUUCUGAUUCUGAGGGAUGUGAUUCUGAAGAAUUACAUUUACUCCAAACACACACAAAAAAGACAUAAUUGAGAAUUUGAAUGAUUACAAGGAGAUAUAUAAAUGCAUGGCCUUUAAGGACAUACCAGAAGCUAGGAAGUUUAUGAAGUUGUAUGCUCUAGCCAACAAGAAAGUCUUAAAAUUGAGGAAGAGUGACCCAAUGAGGGUUAGGUAUAGAUGCAUUGUGGGUUGUCCCUUUGUUUGUUUAAUAUUCAAAGAUGGUAAUGCAGGGUUACUGUAAAGACAUUAGAGUCAGAACAUAAUUGUGGCAAUGCAUAUAAUAAUAGUACUGUUGAUUUCAAUACCAUUGCACAUUACUUUAAGGGAAAGUUACAGGAUAAUCCUAAGUAUAAGGUAAGGGAGAUGGUACUUGAUUUGAAAAGAAUUUUUGAGUUAAAUGUGAGUCAUGGGAAGUGCAAGUGGGCAAAAAGAAUGAUAUUGGAGACCUUAGAUGGGAGUUUUGCAGAUGAGUACAACAAACUUGAUGCUUAUGCCAUUGAAUUGAGGGAGAGUAAUCCAGGCAGUGAUAUAGUGAUUAACAUUUCAAAAAAUGCACUUGAAAAUGGGAAAAGAAGAUUCUUGAGGAUACAUGUUUGAUUCAAAGCUAUGAAUAUGGUUUUCAAGUUAGGGUUAAGAUCAUUCAUUAGUGUAGAUGACACAUUUUUAAAAGGGAAAGCCAAUGGUCAAUUGCUAGUUGCUGUUGGACAGGAUGCACAAAACCACUUUUAUCCUUUGGCAUGGGAUGUCGUUGAUAAAGAGAGAAAGCAUUCUUGGAACUGGUUCCUACAAUUGCUUCAGGGAUCUAUAGGCCUUAAGGAAGGAGAAGGAAUCACCUUCAUGUCCUACAUGCAAAAGGGAUUAAUUAAGACAAUUAAAAUUAUUCUACCACAAGCACAUCAUAAGUUUUGUGUUAGACAUAUCGAGGCUAACUGGUGCAAGACAUACAAUACUAGGGAAAGCAAAAAACUGCUUUGGUGGUGUUCAUGGUGCACUUAUGAAGAAGACUUCAAAGGCCAACUAAGCAAGCUAGGAGAGUUGAACAAGGAUGCAGCAGAGAGUUUAUUGAAGUACCCACCACCAUCUUGGUGUAGAGAUUAUCUAGAUACAAUUUGCAAGAAUCAGUCAGUUGAUAACAAUUUGAUUGAAUCAUUUAAUUCAUGAAUUUUGGAAGCAAGGCAAAAGCCAAUCAUUAAUAUAUUGGAAGACAUUAGACUCAAAGUUAUGAACAUGAUGACAAAACAUGAAGCUGAAGCUAGUAUAUGGAGCAAUGAGUUCAGUCCAAAAAGCCUAGAACUAUACAAUGAAUUCAUGGAGAUUGCUCAAGUGUAUAAAGUUAAUUUCAAUGGAGAAGGAGGAUAUGAAGUUAGUGAAGGGUCUGACAAGCAUUGUGUCAACUUAAGCAUAAAGAAGUGCACUUGUAGGGCAUGAGACCUUACAUGAAUCCCAUGCCCCCAUGCUAUUAGAGCUAUACUUCACAACAGGGGUGACCCUUUGACAGAGAUGCACCGGUGGUACAGUAAGGAGGCAUUUCUACUUACUUAUAGACACAAUCUCCAACCUUUUAGAGGAGAAUUUUUUUGGAAAAUUGACCCAUCACAAGCAAUGGAGUCCCUAGAGUUGGUGAAGUUGGCUGGCAGGCCAAAAGUUAAAAGGGAUAGACAGAAGAAUGAGGCAGUUAAAAGGCAAGGAGUGUGGUCACAAUCCAGAAAAGGUAGAGUCACGACUUGUGAUAAAUGUGGACAAUUAAACCAUAAUGCAAGAACUUGUGCUCAGAUUAUCUACAAUUUGCACAUAUACUGAAAUUGUACCUAUUUAUGUUUUCUAACUUUAUUUUUUAAUAGCAACCAAAGGGAAAACAACUAAGCAAGGGAAAACAACCUUUCAAAAGAACAAGAACUUUGUUAGAUUCUGAAAUAGAAGAUGAAAUACACUGUUCAGCACUGCAAAUGACUCAAUCAAGUCAGGAAAAUGGAUUUAGCUUCAUGCCUAUACCUAGAGUUGUUGAAUCAAGUAUGGUUCCAAAUUUUCCAAAGAUGGAACAUGAUGAAGAUAUUGUGGUUAGGCCAAUGGUGAUAUUAGAAGUCAAGACAAGACUUCAACUGAGGUAGCAAGUAAACUUACUAGCUGGGACAAGAUCAAUCAACUUUACUGGUGAUCACACUGGUAUUAGUGAGCCCACAAAUCUUCCAUAUUCACCAGCAGUCUUGAUGUGGAAGGGUAAAGCAGCUAUAACUUCAAAUCAGUUAGAAAUACAAAGGCAACAGAAGAUUGAGAAGCUGAAGAUAAGAAAAGGAAAAUGAUCAAGUUGUUCUAUGUAGUUUUGUGUUUACU